AUGUGCGGAGAGCAAAGCCGAGCAACGAUAUCCAAAUGGAACCAGUUUUCAACAUACACGCCCAACAAAUUGCUCCAUAACAUGGUUGGAAUCGGCUUUCUCCACAAGCCUGAUGCAAUAGCUAUCCUAUCCUGGGACGGGCAAAUGUCAUACUUGGAACUGGACAAGCGAUCUUCCGCCCUUGCAGCAUACCUCAUGGACACAUAUGAUCUGAAGCCGGGUAGAAAGGUAGCUUUAUGCUUUGAGAAGUGUACCUGGGCCAUCGUUUGCAUGCUUGCAGUACUCAAAACCGGGGCGGCAUACUGCUGUCUUGAUCCAAGCCACCCACGCGCCCGUCACGAUUCCAUCAUUGAAAAGCUGGUCACACCAGUCGUCCUUGCUUCGGCUCAGCACGAAAACCGUUUUGAGGGACAUAGUGUACUGGUUCCGAAUCUUGAAAUAGUUCAACGACAAUGCAACUACCGGCCAACGGGCGUCCAGCCUAGUGACGUGUGUAUGGUGGCCUUCACUUCCGGUAGCACGGGAACUCCCAAAGGCAUAGUGCACACGCAUAACUCGCUGGUUACUGGUAUUCUUGCCAAUGCCUCUCCGCAGCAUCUCAAUCAAGAAGGGGUGUCAACUUACCAAUGGUCAAGUUACACUUUUGAUGUCAGCAUGAUCGAGAUCUAUGCACCGUUGAUCUUUGGUGGGCGCAUCUGCAUUCCCUCGGACGAAGAGCGAAUCAACAAUGUUGAAGAGAGCAUGAAUAGAAUGGCUGUUAAUUGGGCCUAUUUUACUCCCUCUUUUGCUCGCUUGUUUGCACAGUACGAUAUUCCCAGCUUGAAGACCUUGCUUAUGGGCGGCGAGGUCGUUACUCCGGAAGAUAUCAAUGCUUGGUACAAUCGCGUCAAAGUUAUUCACUCAUAUGGACCGGCUGAGUCGGCUACGUUUUUCCUAGCCGAAUUCAAUAGUCCUUGCUCCAACAUCGUACCGAUCGGGCCCGCGCCCAACACCUAUUCCUGGAUCGUGAACCCCAACAAUCCUGAGCUUUUGUCUCCUCUGGGUGCAAUCGGGGAGAUGCUUUAUGAAGGCCCCGGUCUUUUGAAAGAAUAUCUCGGAGACCCCGAGAAGACGAACAAAGUCUUAAUUGAGCCCCCAUCAUGGAGGCGAAAUCUUGACGCUCCCACUCCUUCUUCCAAGCUCUAUAGGAGUGGCGACCUUGUACGCUAUCUACCCGAUGGCAAAAUGGUGUAUAUCGGACGAAAAGACACAAUGGUCAAAGUAAGAGGGCAGAAGCUCGAAGUGGAAGAAGUAGAGUCGGUCAUCCGAAAGACCCUCGGUGGGUCAAGUCAAGUGGCCGUCGACCUGGUGGAGUUACAUGGCAGUGGAGCCAGAUUGGUAGCAUUCCUGCAAUAUUCAGGGGAUAAAGAGUUGAACGGACAUACGAAUGGCGUACGUUCAGAGAUGCUUCGGUCGAGCACUGUAUCUGAUGAGAAGAUGAACGAACUUAUUGCCCAAAUCCGCUUUCGUCUCGUCGAAACUCUGCCUGAGUUUAUGAUCCCUCGGAUUUACAUACCUCUUGCCAAGCUUCCUACUAAUUCCAACGGAAAGCUCGACCGUGCGAAACUCAAAGAGCAUGCUAGGAACCUGUCGGCAAGCGAGCUAUUCAAGUACACCGACUCCGGCUCCAGCAAUGGAGUUCUGACCGAGAUACCCGAGGACGACACAGUUGCGCUUGAGAUUAGCGAUAUACUUGUCAAUAUUCUGAGUAGCCCAGAGUCAACAGGAGAGCAUCCUCUCAAGGGGAAGAAUGCUACUUUGGAAAACCUAGGCCUCGAUUCCCUCAGGAUUGUCUCGUUCGUUAGAGCUAUCAAUAAACCUUAUGGCCUUAAACUUCCUAUCAAGAUUUUCCGCAAGAUCGACUUAAGCGUUCGGGACAUCGCAGAGAUUGUGCGUAGUCGGGGCCAGGUUGCACGGCAGUCUGAGGAAGAUGCCAGAACAGCUGAAAUUUUACAAGAAGUCGACGAGCUCAACAAAGAACUACUACAAGUCCAGCCCUCCCAGCAAACAGUUCUCAAGAAGACAUCGCAAACAAGCAAAAGUGUGGUGUUCUUGACAGGGGCGACGGGUUUCCUUGGCACACAAAUCCUUCGCCAGCUGCUAGCUCUUGACAGCGUAGCCAAAGUCAUCGUGCUGGUUCGAGCCAGUGAUAUCAGUACCGGCCUUGAGCGGAUUGUGACAGCCGGUACGACUGCCGGAUGGUGGUCUCCGGUGCUAGCUAGUCGUAUCGAAGUUUGGUUAGGAGACCUUGCACAGCCGAGGCUAGGUCUUUCCACAGAUCAAUGGGCACGUCUCGAGGGGACAUGUACCCAAGAAUCAGAAGCCGUCACUGCCAUCAUACAUAACGGGGCUGUGGUAAAUUGGUCCUCGAGUUAUGAGCGACUUCGUGCGACCAACGUCCUCAGCACGCUCCAGAUCCUGAAGCUCGCGUUAACGGCACCUGGCCCUCUCCAACACUGUACCUACGUCUCCGGCGGUGACAUGCAUCUUUCUGAAGCGGAAGUGGCGAACAAUAGGUCGCGUCUAUCAUCUGCAGAUGGCUAUUCGCAGUCUAAGUUUGCAGCCGAUGUCCUGGUUGAUCGAUGCGUUGAUCGCGCUCCAUCUGGCCGACGUAUUAAUAUGGUCAAACCCGGCAUUAUUAUCGGCACGGCGACCGAAGGUAUUUCCAAUACCGACGAUUUCAUUUGGCGACUGACUGCAGGCGUUUGCGAAGCUGGAGCAUAUGUUGAUGGUGAGCAGGAUGCGAUAGUUUGUCUAGCGGGUGCAGACCAGGUCGCCGAACGCAUUAUCGAGGCAUGCCUUGGUGAUCCAAGCGACGACGACAGCACAUCCAAGGCUCUGAGAAUGACUCAAGGUAUUCCCGUGAGAGAUUUCUGGAAUGCUGUCUCAGAAGGCACCGGAUUGAAACUCAAUCCGAUGGAUUUUGAAGACUGGCUUCGGGUGGUGAACGCGAAUGUGUCCCGGCAAGGACCGUCACAUCUCCUUUGGCCUGUCAUGGAAUGGGUAGAACAGCGCAAGGGAAAAAUUGGCGAUCCUCGUUUGAAAAACGAUACAUUAGGUAAUGACUGUGAAACGAGGGCCAACACUCUUCAAGCAUUGCGCAAGAGCGUGGAAUACCUUUCCAGUUUGCACUUUUUGCAGGGGGAGACACUGUUGAAUGGUGCAAAGCAGAAUGUGUUUCGCCGGACUGGACUGCAGAAGUAG